UUUCGCUUAACGCUCGUUCAGUCAAGUUGAUUUUGCUGCACCGUCGUUCACUAUUUAAUUCGCGUCGCAUACAAUAAUUGCAUACUUUUAUAUACAUACAUACAUACAUACAGAUACUGCAAAUAUAUAUUUACAUACAUAGAUACAGAUAAACGAAAUCAUAUUUACAAACUGCGCCACACUGCACCGUAUUUUGUGGUGCGCACCAAUGCGAACGAGGGCAAAUGUCUGAGUGGCUUCAAUUGGUGUACUAUAUAGUAUUGUGGUGUUAAAAUAUGCACAUAUAAGAACAUACAACCAUAUGUAUCGGCGAUAACAGGUGCGACAAGCACACGCUGCAUUAGAAAAACGAGCGGUCGGUCGGUUAGUUUUUAUUUGGCGGCAGCGGACGGUGUCAUCAUCAUACACAUAACACCAGCACAUCAGCUUUAGCAUCAACAUCGAGUGUCGUCAACAACACACACUUCGUCAGUCUGUGCGCCAGCGACGCGCAUCUUCAGUUGCGACGUCUGCUGACAGCAUGGCGCGCAAGGAUGAUCCCGUUUUGAAUGUGCGCUUUGUGCAAUUAGUCGAAAACCAUCCGUGCCUUUGGAACUCGACGCUGCCAGCAUAUAGCAAGAAGGACGAAACUCAAAAAGCCUGGCAGGAGGUCGCCAAUGAGACGAAAGAUAAUGUGCGAAAUUGCCGUGAAAGAUGGCGUACGAUUCGAAGCAGUUUCCUGCGGUCCCUAAAACUGUCGCGAACUAGUACCGGCCGGGGCAAGCGCAAAUAUUAUCUUUCCAAGUAUUUGCAGUUCUUGAUACCCUACACCAAGACGCGUCUAAAGAAUGUCAGCGGCACAGCAUCAAAUAUUAUUGCGCAACGGAAAACGACACCACAGCCGCCCAUGACGCGCAUCAAUCACAUACCAUUACCCAUAGUCAGCAGUGAUGACACCAAAGAUUCCAAUGGCACCGAAGUUGCUAUAGCCGAAGAGGAUGUCGUAGUUUCACUACAUGAGGAGUCGCCGACACAGCAACAACGCAUCACGGUGCAACCGCCGAUGACAGCACCGUGCGCCAUACCAGUACCAGUAGUCAUGCCUGCACCGACAGCCAUCAAAACGGAACUGGGUGCAACGACGCCAGAACAUGGUCGAUGUACAGCGACGGCCGUCACCAGUUUGAAUGCCUGUGCCAUUGCCGGACUCAGUGGUGGCGGUGGUGUUGGUGUCAGCAGCAGCAGUAGUGGUAAUGCGGCAAACAGUAAUGCUUUUGCUUCAGCAGCGGAUACACAACCAACUCCGCGUAGUGCAUCUGCCGUCGAUCUGACGGAAUUUGCCGAAUGGAUUAAAAGUAAAAAUGAACAUCAUCGCCAAUGUUUAAUGCCCUCCUCACCUGAUGCUGAUCAAUCAUUUCUCAACAGCUUGCAUCCAUUUCUGAAGGAAAUGUCCGGGAAACAGAAUCGCCGCUUCCGGCAGAAGGUCGUAGCGCUAAUCGAUGCCAUACUGGAUAAUGCCGACUGAGGCUACUACACAUGUGAUGCGUAACGUAUAGCAGCAAAGCAACAGAGCAGCAAAGCAGCAAAGCAGCAAAGGCGUCGGUGAUGAUGACGGUGGGGAACGUUGGUCGUGGUAGUGCUGGAUCUUGUACGGUACCAAAUGAGAGUGGACACGGUCGUGAAUGUAAACGUGAACAUAGCAGUGAUAGAAUAUAGAGUAGCCUCCCUGUGGAAGGGAGACUACAACAAAAGUAAACCUUACGCACAUGAACACUAAUAUACCUAGCGCUUCAACGCACACAUACCUACAUACAUACAGUUAGACACUAAUACAAACAUUAUACAAUAUCUUCAUGCACAACUCAAAUGUGUAUUGUAAAAAUCUGUUAAUUUUAUUAGAGAAAAAUAUAUUUUUUUUUUUGUUUCCAGUGGAAUUGAAAUAAAUGCUUUAUUUUUUGUAAUUUUUGUCUUUUAAAAUCGCGUCAGGAGGGGCUACGGCGAUAAUACUUAGCCUGGCAAGAUCCCAUACUCUAGGGCAGUGUUGUCCAAACUUUUUUUUUUUGUUGGCGUGGCCACAGAAGUGUCCAACAGAUCCAUUCAAUGGCCACUUUUUCCACAAGUCGAAACUCUCU